AUGGAAAGUUUACUAAAUCUUUACCAGGAGGCUUACGAGGAAAAAUACGAACGAGAAAAAGCCGAAAAAAAAGCAGAACGAGAAGAAUCAAGAUUAGUUUUUACUUUCUAUUCCUCUGAUAUGGAUGAACCGCCUCAUGUUCAUGUUGAAUACAAAGAGGGUGGAACUAUGAAAAUUUGGAUCGCUAAAAAAGACCUGGAAAUAGCCUGA